AUGUCUCUGCGGCCGAGCUUGCGAGCAGCCGGUCGAGCGCUCGCCCUGCGCUCCCGACCCCUGGCCACCACCACCAUACGGGAACCUCUCGCCUGGGCCGCGACGAGAAGAGGAUAUGCCGACGAACUCAAGGGCGAACGGAGCCAGCCUGCGAUUCUGAAGCCAUCCGAGAAUGCUGCUUUCCCUCAGAAUCAAACUGCCCCCGAGUCUGCACCGGGACAACAGGUAUGGGGGCCACAGGAAGUUGUCACGGAGAGAGAGAGAGAGAGACUAGAGCUGACGGAAUGUACACAGUCAACAGCAGAAGAGGCCGCCGCAGCACUGGAGGAACUCGCCGCCGCCGCAAAGAACCAGAGCGUCGGACUCGAGGGUGGCCUGACGGAGGCCCAGGAGCAGGCGCUCUAUAACGAAGGCGCCAUCCCCCCUACGCAGUCGAACGGUGACCCCCUACGCGACCUCGAAAUCCUGGCCUCCGGCGGACUGCUCGCGAAUGCCCAGGAGGUGGAGGUUCCGAAACCGCAGCGCCUCGGUCACAAGUUCCCCCUGCCAAAGCUCCCUCUUCCGCCACACAGCCACCUCAAGUCUCGGUACCAUCCCCUGCUCGACCAGUUGACGAACUUGAUGAUGCGGGAUGGCAAGAAGGCCCAGGCGCAAAGAAAUAUGGCCAUGAUGCUCAACUUCCUCCGAACUUCCCCUCCUCCGAUCAUCAACCCGCGAUACCCGCUUCUCCCUGGUGCCCCGCCGCCGGCGCACCUGCCGUUGAACCCCGUGCUAUACCUCACGCUGGCCGUCGACUCGGUGGCGCCGCUGGUCAAGAUCCGCCGCAUUCCAGGCGGAGCCGGUGGUGGUCGCCCGCUGGAGUUGCCGGCGCCGCUGUCCGUGCGCCAGAGGCGGUGGGCGGCGUUUCAUUGGAUCCUGGACGCGGUCAACAAGAAGCCGUCCAAGGGCAGUGGCCGGACGCAGUUUGCUCACCGGCUGGCCGAGGAGAUCAUCGCCGUCGUUGAGGGCCGGUCAGGCGUCUGGGACAAGAGGCUGGCGCUGCACAAGCUCGGCACGGCGACGCGUGCCAACUUGAACGUCAAGCCAGUCAAGGCAAACGCCAAGAAGUAG